CCCAAAAGUCAUGCAGCGAUUGUAUUAAGUUGUAGACUCGAGAGUAGAGCAGACAGCAUCAGAUCAACCCCUUCUCCUUAGUGCAGUGCAACAGCAGGCAGCAGCAGAGUGCAAACCAAAGCAUCUUUCUUCAAUCUGGUUUUCUCUGUUACCAUCUAAAAUUCUUGAACUCUUUUUCCCAUUAUUUUUCCACCACCUUUGCUCCUCUGUAAAGAGAAAGAAAACCAAUGUGUUCCCAUUCCCAGAAGACCCUCUCGAGAAUCCUCAGCAAAUUCACCUCCUUCCCUCCUCCAACCCCACAACACCUUCAACUCGCCCACACCAUAACCCUUACCCUCCUCAACAACCCCUAUUCCAAACUCCACCCCUCCUUGAUCCCCUGCAUCUCACCCCACGUCACUUACCGUGUCCUCUCCGACCCCACCCUCCCCCCUCUCUCCUGCCUAACCUUCUUCCACUUCCUCCCAUCACCCGACCUCAACGCCCGCCUCAUCCUCCUCUACCGCCUCUUCGCCGCCCGAAGAUUCGCCGCAAUGAGGACCCUCUUGGACUCCCUAGUCACCACCGAAAUCGAAACCAAACGCCCCGUUUCAGAUGUUGUUUCUUUGGUUGAUGAAUGUGAUUUUGAACCGCAUUUUGUUGAGACUCUGUGUGACAUGUUGUUCAGGGUGUGUGCUGACAAUAGGAUGUUUAGAGAUGCCCUUAAGGUGUUUGAUUAUGUGAUGGAAAAAGGGUUGGUGGUAGAGGGUAGGUCUUGCUUUAUACUUUUGCUUGCUUUGAAGAAAUGUAAUAAGGUUGAAUUGUGUGUGAGGUUCUUUCGAAGGAUGGUUGAGUCCGGUCGCGUCGAUAUCGGGGUACAAUCUUUGACUAUUGUGGUUGAUGUGUUGUGUAGGAGAGGGGAGGUUGGGAGGGCUAAGGAGUUGAUGAACGAGAUGGCCACGAGAGGCGUUGUGAGGCCAACGGUGUUUACUUAUAAUACGUUGUUGAAUGCUUGUGUUGUGAGGAAGGAUCGGGAGGGGGUUGAUGAGAUUUUGGGGUUGAUGGAGAGGGAGGGUGUUGUGGCUAGUUUGGUGACAUAUACUAUUUUGAUCGAGUGGUACGCGAGUUCCGGGAGAAUUGGGGAGGCAGAGAAGGUGUAUGAGGAAAUGUGUGAGAGGAACGUGGAGAUGGAUGUUUAUGUCUACACGUCGAUGAUAAGUUGGAAUUGUAGGGCGGGGAAUGUUAGAAGAGCGUCGGCUCUGUUUGACGAGAUGAUUUGUAGAGGCAUUGUUCCGAAUACUCACACUUUUGGGACAUUGAUUAGUGGUGUGUGCAAGGCUGGCCAAAUGGAGGCUGCAGAGAUCUUGUUGGAAGAGAUGCAGUGUAAGGGGGUUGAUUUGAAUGUUGUAAUAUUUAACACGAUGAUGGAUGGAUAUUGUAAAAGAGGGAUGAUGGAUGAAGCUUUCAGGCUGCAAGAUAUCAUGGAAAGGAAAGGGUUUGAAGCAGAUGUCUUUACAUACAGCAUUCUUGCUAGUGGGCUGUGUAAAUUGCACAGGUAUGAGGAAGCCAAGAGGGUGUUAAAUGUGAUGGUAGAGAAAGGAGUGGCUCCAAACGUUGUGACCUGCGCUACGUUUAUUGAGAUAUAUUGCAAGGAAGGAAACCUUGCAGAAGCUGAGAGGUUCUUAAGGAAUAUGGAGAAAAGGGGAGUGGUGCCUAAUAUUGUUACGUAUAACACUCUAAUAGAUGCGUAUAGCAAGAAUGAAAAAGUAAAGCGAGCUCAUAUGUUAAAAGCUGAAAUGGUAGAGAAGGGACUAUUGCCAGAUGUAUUUACUUACACAUCAUUGAUACAUGGGGAAUGUAUUGUUGACAAGGUAGAUGAGGCUCUGAAGCUUUUCAAUGAAAUGCUGGUAAAGGGCAUAAGAGGAAACGUGAAGACAUAUACGGCAAUUAUUUCUGGUUUAUCCAAGGAGGGGAGAGCAGAUGAAGCUUUUAAGUUGUAUGAUGAGAUGAUGAGAAUGGGUCUAAUACCUGAUGACAGAGUUUUCGAGGCACUUGUUGGUAGCCUUCAUAAACCCAGUUCUCAUGCUGCCGUGAAAGAAAAUGAGUAUGGGGAACUGAAAAUAAACACUUCUGAUACCUCAAGCUUGCCAAACACUGGUAAAAUAUAAAAGCUAUGAUGAAAUUGAUGAAGAGAAAAGGUGGUGGAAGAUACCUUUUGUUUUAGACUUUCUAAAGAUAAAGGGUUUUGAUUCUGCAUUCAGAAAGGUUAUUGGUUCUGAUACAGUACAGGCUGGCCAAU